UCUCAUCAUUCAUUAGGAACAGGUGCUGCUUUUGAUCAAGGAAAAGUGCUACAGUUUUAGCCCUGGUAGUGUUUCAGUGCAGCUCUUGAGAAUAUUGUGAGCAGUAUUGACAUGGUGAGUCAUAGACACUGAAAAAUUAAAGCAUGAACAUGCCAUGUGAUCAGACGGUGUACUGAGAUCCAGCCCUUGACUUCAGAGAACCUGAACUUGACUUUCACACAACAGGAAGUUCUCAGAGAGUCCAGCCUACUGAGAAAGAGAGCGCCAAACAGGAAAUUGUCCUGUUCACUCUGAAGCGACAAAUGAAGUAUGAGGCCUAAUAGGCUGGCACUUGCACAGGGAAAAGGUGUGGCCCGUGGCUGUUCAUUACCAGUAAUACAGGAAAGGUGGACAGACAGAGCGAGAAAGGAGGAGACAAACACUGGUCAGACAGAAGAAACCAACAGGGAACAGGAGAGAAGCAACAGGGCUCUGAGAUGCAUAAUAACCCCUCUCAUAUAAACUACGGAUUUCAUUAUGGAGACGAAAGACCUCCAGCACAAGCGCCUGGACAACCACCACCGUAUUAUCCCACUGUACCUCAGUACGCGAACGUGGUACCUGCACCCAUCAACACACACUACACCGUCACAUCCGGACUUCCUCACACCACAGCGACAAGCAAAGUCAGCAGAAGUCGAUGUCUGUGCAUAACAGUAGCAGUUAUCUUCAUCCUCAUCAUCCUGGUAGUAGCAGCCGUGUUGAUCUGGUACUUCUUGUAUGGAGUGUGUGCGCUGGGACGGAGGUGCGGACAGAGCAGCACGUGUGUGCGUUCGUCGCAGUGGUGUGAUGGACGGGCGGAUUGUCCAGCAGGCGAGGAUGAGGCCCACUGCUUUCGCUUCUUUGGGCCUAAUUUCAUGCUGCAGAGUUUUUCAAGCGAGGACCAAAAAUGGAAGGUAGUGUGUUCAGACAGGUGGGACAACAACAUUGCAAAGCAAGCAUGUCAGGAGAUCGGAUAUUCCAGAUCUGACUAUGUCAGCUAUGGGACAUUAAAUCCAGGGUCCAGCACAGCAGACGGCUACAUGACCCUCAAAUCUGAUUACUCAAAUGCACUCAGUUCUGAGCCUGUACAUAGCUCUCUCUCUGACAGUGCGAGUUGCCCAACGAAUGCCGCAGUGAGCCUGAAGUGUAUCGAUUGUGGAAGAUCUGUUGCUCCUGGAACGCGUAUCGUCGGAGGGCAAGUGGUGACCACCAAGGGGCGCUGGCCGUGGCAGGUCAGUCUGCAGGCAAAGGGGAAUCACCUGUGCGGAGGAUCAAUCAUCACUCCAUCGUGGAUCGUCACAGCCGCUCACUGCGUUCAGACACUUUCAUCUCCGAGUGACUGGAAGGUGUACGCCGGAUAUCUGACCCUUACCCAGAUGUCCUACUCCAUCGGCAGCUCAGUCAGGCAGGUCAUCUCUCACCCCAGCUUUGACUCCGACACCAAUGACUACGAUAUCGCGCUGAUGAAACUGUGGACGCCGCUCCAAAUGUCGUCUAGCAUCAGUCCAGUGUGCUUGCCAAACACCGGUCUCGACUUGUCAACAUCAAGAACGUACUAUAUUACUGGAUGGGGGGCGACUAUGAGUCAAGGUUAUGCCUCCAAUGAAUUACGUGAGGCUCAAGUCUCACUGAUAAGCAGGACGGUGUGUAACGGCCUGCUGGUUUAUAACGGCCAAAUCACGGACAACAUGAUCUGCGCAGGCAAGCUAGAGGGUGGAGUGGACUCAUGCCAGGGAGACAGCGGGGGUCCUCUGGUCACUUCAGAGAAUUUGCUGUGGUGGCUGGUGGGGGACACUAGCUGGGGUCAGGGCUGCGCUUUGCGAAACCGGCCGGGUGUUUAUGGAAAUGUGACCUUCUUCCUCGACUGGAUUUACACGCAAAUGAAGAAAUAUUAAUUUGGGUGAAAUGGAUGACGUCAUGGACCUUCAUUUCAGAGCAACUUCAUGAAGGACAGUUUGUAGAUAUAUUCAUGUUAUAUCCUGUGGAUUCGCAGUAUUUCUUUAUUAUUUAUAUUGAUUUAUGCUUAUUUUUGUAAUAGCUUUUUUUUUUAAUUGAUUUAAACUUAUGUCAGAUGUCUAGUUUUGAGGUUUUAAACAUUUUAUUUAUUGUCAAAAAUGUCUUUAAUGAGUAACCUGAAGAUGUUUAGGUUGUUUUUAAGCACAACGUGUCAGACACAUUCAGUCAAAUGUACACAUGGGUGUGUUACGCUCCAAGUAGCUUUUCAAAUUUACUCAAACUUUAUUUGCACAGGUUUUUUCCUCCAAACACUACCCCUGAGCACAGUAAGUUCAGAAACAGGGAGUGAGUGGCAGAGAAAACAGCUUUGUUUUUCUUCCUGCACUGCUAGUAUCUCUCGAUAAAGACAGCUUAUCACGAUUUAUAUAGCAACUGAAUAGCAUUUAAAAUCACACUUCAUCAACACAGGGUGUCAUAAAAUGAAACAUAGCUGAUAAACAUUUACGGCAUUUGGCAGACGCCCUUAUCCAGGGCGACUUACAAUUAGCUCAUUUAUACAACUGAGCACAUUAAUGAAUAUGAUCAUAGAAUGAUAGUUUUCCCACAUUCCCUCUGAUUCUUUGCAUAUCACACAUUACUGCUUGCUGUAAAUGAAUUAAAAAUGAUUACUUGAAUAUAUAUAGUUUGUUCUUGUUUUUCUUUCUUCUGAAGAAUAUAGCAUUUCUGAAAACUGAUCUGCUAUCACAUCAAUAGUACCAGUGCUGUUCUUUAUAUGCUUAAUAUCAAAUCCCAAUCCCGGAUUAGGCCAGUAUCCUCCCGAAACAUCCAGUCUACCACUUAGAAUUAAACAGAUGCAUAAAUACAUUUACCAAGCACAUGUCUCAAUUCAGACACGCUAAAAUAUUCUCAUUCAUUCUCUCCCUCCCUCUCGCCGUGUCUAAUCAGUGCUCAUUGGGAUCUCGGUUUUAAUUGGCAGAUGCCCAGCAGUGGAGAGUACAUCUGCUACCUGUUUGUGCCAAUUAGCAGAUGUGUGACCUCUUUAGCAGGUUAACAGAUGUGGCAAUUAGGGACUCAUUUGGAUGAAUGCUUGUUUAGCACAAGGGCCUCUGCAAUUACAGUGCCACCAGGAAGUGGGGUUUUAUCCAUACUCAUUUGCUCUUCGAGGUCUUCUGAUCAAAUUAGCAGGGAAAUAAUGUUGUGUUGGCAAACACAGUGUCCUUUUUUUUCCUUCAGUCUCUUAAUUUUGAAGGGAGUUGUGUUUACCAGGUAAUGGCUACAAUGUUCUUUGGCGUUACUUUGGCAUAAAAUGACAUUUUAUUAUUAAUAAAGCCCAGUUUAUUCCAAAUCACUGACAAAGUGCAACGUUCUCAUGAUCAUUACAGAGAAGGGGGGUCUGGAGUCUGUGAAAUAUCCUGCAUCCUGUGAUGUUACUGAGAUGUCCUGUGGUGUUACUAAACUACCCGUAGGUAUUACUGAAAUAUUCUGCUGUGUUACUGAAAUAUACUGCUGUUAAUGAAAUUUCCUCUGCAGUGGUACACCUCAGAAAUAUCCCACAGUGUUACUGUUAUCAAACAUUUCUGCAGUGUUAAAUGUCACCCAGUGUUACUGAAAUAUCCUUUAGUGUUACUAAAUUAUCAUUCAGUGUUACUUUAUUAUAUAAAACUGUGGUGCGAAAAUAUCUACAAAAUACUACUAAGUUUUAUGAAAGUUUUACUAAAAUAUCCUUCAAUGUUAAUGAUAUGUCCCAUGGUGUUACUGAACUAUCUUGCAGUGUUACUGAAUUAUCCUGUGGUGUUCCUAAACUAUCCUGUGGCUUUACUGAAAUAUACUGUGAUGUCACUGAAAUAUCUUGAAACAUAUCAGAAAUUUCCUCAGGUGUUACUGAAUUGGCACACAGUCUUUCUGAAAUAUCCUACAGUGUUAUUGAAAUACCCUGUAAUGUUACUAAAGUAUACUGCAAUGUUACUAAAGUAUACUGCAGUUUAAUUGAAUUAUCCUGCAAUGUUAUAAAAAUAUAGUGCAGUGUUACUGAACUAUCCUGCGGUGCUACUGAAAUAUACUGCAGUGUUCCUAAACUAUCCUGUGGUUUUACUGAAAUAUCUUAACAUAUCAGAAAUUUCCUCAGGUGUUACUGAAAUGUCACACAGCCUUAUUGACAUAUCCUGCGGUGUUACUAAGAUGUACUGCAGUGUUACUAAGAUGUACUGCAGUGUUACUAAGAUGUACUGCGGUGUUACUAAGAUGUACUGCAGUGUUACUAAGAUGUACUGCGGUGUUACUAAAAUAUCCUGCAGUGUUACUAAGAUGUACUGCAGUGUUACUAAGAUGUACUGCAGUGUUAGUAAAAUAUCCUGCAGUGUUACUAAGAUGUACUGCAGUGUUACUAAGAUGUACUGCAGUGUUACUAAGAUGUACUGCAGUGUUAUUAAGAUGUACUGCAGUGUUACUAAAAUAUCCUGCAGUGUUACUAAGAUGUACUGCAGUGUUAGUAAAAUAUCCUGCAGUGUUACUAAGAUGUACUGCAGUGUUACUAAAAUAUCCUGCAGUGUUACUAAGAUGUACUGCAGUGUUACUAAGAUGUACUGCAGUGUUACUAAAAUAUCCUGCAGUGUUACUAAGAUGUACUGCAGUGUUACUAAGAUGUACUGCAGUGUUAGUAAAAUAUCCUGCAGUGUUACUAAGAUGUACUGCAGUGUUACUAAGAUGUACUGCGGUGUUACUAAGAUGUACUGCAGUGUUACUAAGAUGUACUGCAGUGUUAGUAAAAUAUCCUGCAGUGUUACUAAGAUGUACUGCAGUGUUACUAAGAUGUAUUGCAGUGUUACUGAAAUAUGCUGCAGUGUUACUGAAAUAUUGUUUUGCAUGAAGGACGCAAACCUUUGCACUUAAAUGCAGUAUAAGAUCAGAAAAUCCAAAUCCGAGGAUAUUGGUAGGAGACUUCUGGAGUUCAUGAUGUUUGUUGAGGAGAAGUGAGUUUUACUCUGGUGUGAAGACUGAGUUGAGCUCUUGGACAGGCCUAGAGUUAAAAGGCACUUACAAGAUUGACUGGGCUCCAUCUUUCACAAACACUUUGUGUGUACAUGGAUCAAACUGUGUAUGUUGUUCAGUCUGAGAGUGCGAUCAAACACACGUCUCCGCAGCCAAUGAGGACGGAGAGCUUGUUACUGGGCAGUUAUGGGUUUUUUCCUGCUCUCACUCUCUCUCUCUCUCUCUCUCUGUUCUUGAGGUCGAUGUCAUACGUCAGGGCUCAUAGAUUGCAAGAACAGCGAGAGUCCUGUGCUGAAUAUGUGUGUGUCUGUGUGUGUGUGUGUCUGUGUGUGUGAAGUUUGUAGGUCAGCUAAUGCUAAGCUCAGCAAUCUGGACGCAGUCUCGCUCUAUGUGGUGAGGAGAGGUUAGUGCACUUUACUAAGUACAAGAACUAAUUUAAGGCAAAUUGUGUCACUUCCUGUUUCUUCUCAUACUCUUGCAGAUGUUGCAGAUGUUUUAUCCAACAUUGCUUACAAGUGACAGAAUCCAAUCUAAGCUCAGACUUACACGCAACCUUUAUCAUUCAAUGCACAGUGUUUACAAACCAGCACAGCUACAGGAAGAAAAAGUCACUGACCGUAAACACAUAUUGCUUCUGUUAACAAAAAAUAAAAGUAAAACUAAGAGUAGAUUUUUGCUCCAAUAUUAAUUUUGAUUUGUUAGUUUGACAUCUGAUGUAAUGUGUGAUUGGGGGAAAGAACCCACAUGGGGGCUUAAUAAUAUUUUAUGUGCAAUAAAAUACAGACAUAAAUACCAAUAAUGUUAUUACAAUAAAAAAAAAACUGUUAAAUAUGUUUAUAAAUAAUAUUUUACAAAUAUAUUACAAAUACAGAAAAAAAGAAUUAUUAAAUACUUCUAUUUACGCACUAUGUACGUGAUAUAGUAACGAUUUAAUAUUAAUAUAUAAUAGCCAUAAAUGAUAAAACAUAAAUGAUAAAUGUUUUUCAAAUCAAAUAAACAAUAAUAUAAACAAAUAACUUUAAAGCAAAAAAAAAAACAAUCUUACUUGAAUAUUUUAGUGGAAUGAAUUUAAUCCAAAGGGUUUUGUGUGUAUUAUAUCACGGAGCAGUGAUGGUUCUGUAUUUGGGUCACACUGGAUCCCUCAGGCUGCAGCCAAACACGUCCUCUGGAAAAGUGAUUGACGCGGCGUCUGAUUAAAAACGAAGUCUUUCUGCGGCUCUGCUCUACGCACAAAACCACCCGAGUCGUACUUUCCAUUCUGUCCUGUCACUAUGUUCCUAUUUUCACCUUUUAAAAUGGCAUGUUCAUUAGCAGAAUAAUAAAGGAAUUAACAAAAUGAAAAAAACUGGACUGAAGUGAAUCCACUGAAAACUGGAGUGAAUCUGCAUCUGGUCCUCAAAUCACAUUACGUUUUCAAAUGAUGACGAAUGUCAUGAUGUAUUGCUGACCUAGAGCUGACCUUAAACUUUCUACAUUCAUAGCGGGUUUUCAGCAGAAAUAAGUCAUCAAAUAAACAGCUAACCUAUAACCACCAGUCUCUUGGCUUAAUAGUAACAGUUUGUAUUGUUAAUAUCAGUUUACGUGUUUGUUUUUAUUUGAAAUAAUGAAAAUAAUUAAUGAAAUAUUCUACGAGUAGGAGCAAUUCUUACGAAUAACCUUACCCUGCUCCUUAGUCUAACCUUAAAGAAAGCUUGCUUACAAAGCUAAUGCUGCUAGCAAGCAACGAAAAUGUAUAGCUAUAGAUUUAGCAUCAUGCAAACGUGCUUAAAUUUGCCUCACAUAAAAAAAGUGUCAAAAAAGUGAUAUCUCUAGAGAUUAUUCUAGUUAAACCCCCAGUGUACAGUGUCAGAAACCACAGCAGUAUUUGUUAGAUUUUUUUUUCUGCUAUAGUGCUCAUGAGAUUGUGUUGAGCUUGACCCACUUCUGAAUGCUUUGCACAAUCCCCCAACUCCACCCAGCCUCUUGCUUCACAGUGUCUUAAUGAAGAAACCCAGAAUUACCAAGACGUCUGUAAGCAGAUAAUGCUGGUCUUAGACGCGUGGCAUCUGUUAGUGUUUAUGUGCAAUAUGGGAUACGCUGUAAUUACAGCUUUUCGGGAUGAACUUGACAAUCUUGUGGAUUAAGAACAAAUGAAAUGUGAUCUCAUGUUUCUCCUGAAAAUCCCAGCUCCUGUUUUUUUU